AUGUUGACAAGCCAUCACUUCAAGUUUUUCAUUGUCAUUGUUAUAUACGCGGUCUACCUCAGAUUAAGGCAUGAUAUAGUCUGCGUUAAUGCUUUGACUUGUUUUGUCUUGUGUGCAGCAUGGGCUUUAUCGGAGUUAGUUCUUCGACUCUUUCUAUAUCCACGAUUCCUCACGCCGUUGAAACAUGUACCAACCCCAAAGAUUCGACACUGGUUGACUGGCAACAUGAAGUCCUAUUUUAUUGAGCUGCAAGAUGGGAUGAUGCAACACUGGAUAAGGACUGUUCCAAAUAAAGGCCUAAUCCGUCUCUACAUUGUUGGGAAUUUUGAAUGGCUAUUCCCCACUAAUGUUGAGGCGCUGAUGGAAAUUCUUGUCAAAAAGAGUUAUGACUUUGAGAAACCAGAAUUCAUUGAACAUGUGUUGAAGCAGAACAUUGGAGACGGCCUUGUGCUCGCGAAAGGAGAUGUGCAUAAAGCUCAGCGCAAGAUUCUUCUUCCUGCGUUCUCGUCCCGUCAAAUCCAAAAUCUUCGAUCUGUGUUCUGGUCAAAAGGAGUACAAAUGGCCAAGAUGAUUGAUAAACAUCUCUCAAGCAGAGAUACAUCCAAUAACUCCAUCCAAAUAAGCGAAUGGUCUGAUCGUGUGACCCUUGAUAUCAUCGGGAAAGCAGGAAUGGGAGUCGAAUUCCGCUCUUUGGAAACCCCUGGGAAUGCACUCACUCAAGCAUACCACAAGCUGGCAAUGCCCUCAGCGAGUGAGAAGUUGCUUAUCGUUCUGUGCGUCGCUCUCUCCUGCCCGAAACUCAUCUACAAAUUUCCAACCAAGCGCAACCGGGAGAUCAAUGAGGCCCGCCAAAUUGUUCGUGAUGCGGCGAGAUCUGUGAUUGAGCAAGGUAAGACCAACAAAUCGUCGCUCGAAGAACCGCAAAAUAUACUUUCAGUGGCUAUGCACAACGGUAGCUUCUCCGAUGAAGGUCUUGUUGAUCAAGCCAUGAAUUUCCUCAGCGCUGGGCAUGAGACGGUGUCCUCAGCUUUUCAGUGGUCGGUGUACGCCCUUUGCAAGCAUCAAGAUAUUCAAUUGAGGUUGCGGGAAGAAAUUCGGGCCAAUCUUCCGCCCCUUUCAGCGGAACCCACUCAAAAUCACGACCUAAGCCUCAAGAAUCUCCCUUAUCUGAAUGCUUUCUGCAGUGAAGUACUCAGAUUUUACCCACCGAUUCCCAAGAUAGCCCGAAGAGCUGUUCGCGACACGUCAAUCGCUGGCGAGUUCAUUCCCAAGGGCAGCCAUGUUGUAAUCUCCCCUCGGAUUAUGAAUCGCAUGCCUGAGCUGUGGGGAUCUAACGCUAGUGAUUUCAAUCCGGACCGUUUUAUGGCUUCGGGAACUCCAACCGAGGAUAAUACGUUUUCUAAUCAAUCUUUCAUGACAUUCCUCCAUGGGCCUCGCAGCUGCAUUGCGCAAGGGUUUGCUAAGGCGGAGCUUGCUUUUCUGGUUGCUUCGAUAACUGGACGCUUUCAUAUGGAGCUACAGUGCCCCGACGCCGAGCUUCAAAUCACCGAGGCGACGACGAUGGUACCCAGCGAUGGCGUGAUGGCAAGAUUUACCCCGCUAGAUGGCUGGUAG